AUGUUGUUGUCCAAGGCAACCUCCAAAGUCACCGCCAAGAACCGCGCUACUGAUGUCAGGCCCAAGGUGGUCGAGCUCACCUCGGUCGCCUACAACCAAGGCGUUCUGCCCGAGGAGCUGGUUCAGCUCGUUGACCUCGUCAUCUCACGAAGCUACCUGGACCAGGCGAGCCUCAACAGUAUCAUCAGGAACCUCUACCCCGUCGCAGCAGUCUCGGAGGAUGUCGUGCUCAGGAUCAUCGGGUCUCUCGGCCUGGGCGAGCUGAAACCGUCUCUUGCGCUGCAGAGCUCACUUCUGCAGUGGGUCAUCCAGGUCUACUACGUGCUGGAUGCAAGAGCGCAGGGUGUGCUCGCCCGGGCGUACGGCGUGCUCUUCAGCCUGUUGGACGUCUCCGCCACCAGACCACAGCUGUUCCACAUCCUGGCCAUCAUCACGAGGCGGAAGCACGUGCAGCACCACAGGAUCCAGGCGUUGUUGAACCUCACCCGCCAGAAUGCCAAUGAUCGUCACUUGCAGGGCCUGCUCCGUGUCUAUAGAAACUACUACCCCGAGAUCAUCGUCGAUAGCCCAGGCAAGGGAAGCACGUUCAAGCUCCCGGACCCGGAGUGGAAGGACAGGCUGUCUGUGAUCCAGAGGAUGCACCGCGAGAUGCAGCAGCAGACCAGCGCUUCAAGUCCCCGAGAUGGUUUCAAGACAGUCCAGCAUCACCUGGCUGGAACCAAAGGGGCAAGGGCAGCAGCCGCUGUUCCCGGUGUGCAGACGUCCAACGCACACGAGAAAUCAGUGACCUUGGAAGAAAUCGACAGCGCUGAGAGCCUCGCGCUCAAUGUUGAGAAGGUCGAGCUGCCAGACCACCUCGCCGCCGUCCUGAUCGACCCUCUUCUGCAGAAAUUUAUGUUGCUGAGGCCUGACAAGGACUGGAAGCGCGCCUGGGUAUGGAUGAACAUGCAGAUCUCGGAGAUCGUGAGCGGGGAUGCAGACGAAGAUGCCCUAAUACACACAUUGAAAGUCAUUCGCGAGUACGCGCAAGCAACCAAGGAUAUAUCUCCCUUCUUCCAUGGGCUCGUAAAAUUGGUCGGGAACAGGCUGCACCUUCGACAAGGCGGCGGCACACAGAUUUAUGAUGUGCUCGCAUAUGCCCCCAUCAUGGAUUCAAAAGAUCUGUCUGCAUUCGUGGCAGCACUUCAGUCGUCGCUCGACGGUUCUGCGGAGGCACAGCUAGACCUCCUCGAGUUGUACACCAAGCUUAUCCGCCGCUGGGGCGCCACACUUCUCUCCAGCGACGCCGUUCCUCCACAUACUUCCUCUUGCCUCGCGACCAUCACUGAGCAGGCGAACCAGCUCAGCCUGACCCUCCUGCAGACCUCCCCCACCGAAUAUACGUUGCUCAAGAUUCUCGACUUCUACGAGCGAGUCGCGUCCAUCUACUCCAGGUCACAUGUCCUGCGCAGCAUACAAAUCACUAUCCCACCCGUGCUUCUCGUCUACACCCUCCAGUUCAGCACGUGCCUGGCGACAGUGUCUCGUCUGUGCACCAUCCUCACGGCGUACAAGCAGGCGUGCGCAGUGUACAUGUCCAAUGCAGCCAAGAAGCUCGGCCCGCCCUACGACAAGGUGCAGGUGAACACCUUCAACGGCUUCCUCAUGGACAUCUGCAACUGUCUGUGGCGAGGAAAAGCCUUUGUGAGAAGCGACGCGCACGCGAGAGGGUGCAUGGUCGGGGACGGAGUCAUCGCCGCGCUCCGCCCCUACGUGGCCUCCCUGACCGACAGCGGAAGCGGCGACAUGGCCCUGGAGGCGCUCUUCACCAUGAGCUACUCGCCGCUGCUGUGCCUGCAGGCCAUGGACCACGUGCGCCAGCUAGAGGAGCAGGAGGACGAAGACGUCGAGCUGAGGGCGAGACAUGCAGGUCCCAUCACGCAGAGGAGCCUCGGCCAGCUUGCGAGGCAGGGCGGGCUGGAGCUCGUGUGGCAGAACUACAGGCUCGGGGUGCUGCAACACCUCAGCGACAAGGAAUGGAGAGGCAUCUCGGACCUAAUGUACAGCACGAUGAGGAACCUGCUAGACGCGAAGGCCAAAGCCUGA